AUGUCUUCCGCACAGUCGUUCCGUCAAAUUAUCGGGGUCCCUCCAUCGACCGCCUCUACCAAAGAUUCGACCCUAAUCAUCAUCGACGCCCAGAACGAAUACGCCACCGGCAAGCUCAAGACUGAAAACGUCUCCCUGACACGCACGGCGAUCGCAAACCUCCUAGAGAAGUACCGUGCCAGUGGCGACGGCAAGAACAUCGUCCAUAUUGUCCAUGAGACGCCCCAGGGCGCCCCCGUCUUCACCCCCGACACCGACCUCGCCAGGGAAUUCGACGAGUUGACCCCGCGCGCUAGCGAGAAGGUCAUCUGCAAGCAUUUCCCGAGUGCCUUUGCCCAGACGGAUCUCGAGGAUUACCUGAAGGGUCUGGGGGAUGCUGGAAAGAAGAUUGUCCUGGUGGGAUAUAUGGCGCAUGUCUGUGUGUCGACCACGGCGCGGGCGGGCAGUGAGCGCGGUUAUGAUGUGAUCAUCGCCAGUGAUGCCGUGGGUGACCGAGAUAUUCCUGGGGCCAAGGCUGAGACCCUUGUUUCGGUGGCUCUGAGUGAACUUGCUGAUGCGUUCGCUACUGUCAUUCCUUCAACGGAGAUCACUGCAUAG